AUUCUGAUUGCAGGAAGGAAAGAGUGGGGCUUGGCAGCCAGAGAGAGUCCCUGGAUGACCAAGUCAUUCCCACCAGACUGUAGCUGCUGACCCAGGCUGGUGAACUUCUCAAGCUUUUUUUGAGUAAGGAGCUUAAACCUAGCUGAGGAGGUGCAAAGGCUUUGUGCCUGUUUUUCCCCAACUUCCUGUAAUGGCUCCUUUUCUUUGUUGGCACAGUGGAAGAGAGAAGAGCGUUCGAAGUGGAAUGGAUCGCUACAGAUAUUUCAUCUUCAACCAGAGAAGCAUGCUGAUAUUAGGGCUAUUUCAGAUAGCUUGUGCCACAGUUUGUGUCAUCAGUGGAUUAAUAGAUGAUGUUGUCAGAAAGGAAUCAGCAUUGAGUAAAUCUAAGAUACCCAUUUGGGCUGGAGUGUUUAUGAGCAUUCCUGGAAUUAUGGCUUUAAAUUCAACUCAGAGGAAGAAUCCCAUUCUGGUGAAUGCCAUGAUAAUCACUUCAGUAUUUUCCUGUUUCACCACUUCAAUUGUAAUACUUUAUGCCUCUAUGACAUUAGAGUAUGGUGAAAAAUAUGAGUGGUCCUCUAACCACUCAGCUAUCGUAAUUGUGCUGGGUAAACUGGUUCAAGGAGCUAACAUCACAAUGAUGAUUUCAUCAAUUUUUAGUAUAUUUAUUGUGCUGGUGAUUGUGUAUGUCAGCUGCCGAAGUCUUCCAUGUUGUUCGUGCUAUGACAGUAUCACUGGACUUGAGCAUCUAAAAAUUAAUGAAGACCAGUUACAAGCUACAGAAUUAGUUUGCCUUUCAUGUGAUCAAGCGGACAGAAUUUUUAAUUCUCCAGUAAAACUUCCACAACUAAAUAAAGAAACAGAUUAUGAAAUAAGUGACCCUCCUUCAUACAUCAGGCUGACUUAGAAACAAAUUCCAGAAGGAUGUCAUGCAAGAGACCCUUAGUAAUUUUUUAAAAGGUAUUAAAUGCGUGUAAUUAUUAAAGAAAUUGAAAAAUACUCUUGAACAGAUGCUGAAAAUAAAGGCGUUAACAUUG